AUCGUCAGUCAACUUAAGAUUGUAAAGACACGCGAUCACAUCUUCAAUAUUGGGAAUAAAAUAAUUCGUUUAGAAAAAAAACUGAAAAUAUGGAGCUUCCACCAAUGAAAUUUGAAAAUAACAUAAUCUACCGACCAGACCAGAACAUUUUCAACGAUGAGCCUUCACUGGGCCAUUUAAUCCGGAAAAGUCUAACGGAAGCUGGUGAUACAGUAAUGAUAAUUCAUGGACUAACUGGAGAGCAAUUGACAGCAAGACAACUUCUCACUAGAAGCGUUGAUAUAUCGAAAGCUCUUCUUAAAGCUGGAAUAAAACCGGGUGACACCGUAUCGAUUAUAAGUGAAAAUAGGUUCGAGUUCAUAUAUAUUUUCUUUGGAUCGAUUUUCAUCAACUGUGCAGUAGCACCACUUAAUCCCACAUACAGUGUCACGGACCUUGAAUAUGCAAUUAAUUUGUCGAAGCCGAAAUUUGUUUUUGCUAGCGAUGCUACGAUACAAAAAGUGGCUGCCGCUGUAAAGUCUUUGAGUUAUGUAAGAAAAGUUAUUUUGAUUGGCGAUGGACCUACUUCUGGGCAUGUAACUACACUACGAGAUUUUGUUAACCCAGAUUUUAUACUCAAUGUUAAAUUUGAGCCAGAGCGCGUUGAUACAUCAAAGGCAAUUUGCCUGUUAGUAUGCAGCAGCGGAACUACAGGAAUGGCAAAGGGAGUGCAGCUCAGUCAGGCCAAUCUAAUUGCCUCUAUUCGACACUGGUUUGUGUCCAAGAAAACCGAUCUUGAUUAUGAUGUUGUCAUACUCGGUCUUUUACCGCUAUACCAUAUUUACGGCUGUGAAGUGUUGACAUGUGCCAUGGCUACCAAUCCUGGAAGAAUAAUUUUACUGCAACAAUUUGAAGAGAAAUCUUUCCUUAGUAGUAUUGAAAAAUAUCGCUGUAGCCAUCUGUUCUUAGUGCCACCUUUAAUGGUAUUCCUUGCCAAGAAUGAAAAUGUUGACAAGUAUGACUUUAGUGCGGUACGUACAAUCCAUAGCGGUGCAGCGCCUCUUUCGAAAGCAACAGAAGAUGCAGUCAAGAAGCGUUUAAACAUACCAAACUUGGAAAUCAAUCAAGGAUAUGGAAUGUCGGAACUUACCAGCGGAGUACUGUCACAAAAAGAACUUAUCAAACCUGGAAGUGUUGGGGAUGUUAACGUAGGAGUCUAUGUGAAAGUAAUUGAUGAAAAAGGCAAUGCUCUUGGUCCUAGCCAAACAGGGGAACUGUGUUUUAAAGGAAAUCGAGUAAUGGUUGGGUACGUGGGUGACAAAAAAGCUAACGCAAUUAUUGACAAUGAAGGUUGGUUACACACGGGCGACAUCGGCUAUUACGAUAAUGAUUUGCAGUUUUACAUUGUCGAUAGAAUAAAGGAACUAAUUAAAUGGAAAGGUUUUCAAGUUGCUCCUGCCGAAAUCGAGGCUAAACUAUUAACUAAUCCGAAGAUUAGAGAUUGUGGCGUUAUUGGAAAACCAGAUGAGGCGGCUGGUGAACUAGCAAUGGCAUUUGUGGUUCGAGCUGACGAAAAUUUGACUGAAGGCGAGGUGUUAAGGUUUGCCAACGAAAAUGCAUCACCUGCUAAAAAGCUGCGUGGCGGUGUAGUUUUCGUCGACCAAAUUCCGAAGAGUCCAGCCGGAAAAAUUCUUAGACGUGAACUAAGAGAUCUUCUGAAGAAAUUGUCGUUAAAAUCAAAGUUAUAAAUAAAUUU